CAAAAGCCACACAGCCAUAGCUAGAACCCAAAUCCCGUUUCUUUCUCUCUCUCCUCCUGUCUGUCGAAAUCCUUAAAGACUUGUUCUUGUUCUUCUUCUUCUCGAUAUAUUAGACUAGUACUGGAGAGAGUCAAGAAAGAAAUCGUGAACCAGAAUCAUCAUCGACAUGGGUUGGGUAGGGGAGAAAUUUCGUAGCUUUAUCAACAAUAGAUGGCUCGUCUUUGUGGCGGCAAUGUGGGUUCAAUCUGUUGCAGGGAUUGGCUAUCUUUUUGGUAGCAUAUCGCCGGUCAUUAAGACUUCCCUUAAUUACAAUCAAAAACAGAUCGCCCGUCUUGGGAUCGCUAAGGACCUUGGAGAUAGUGUUGGGUUCUUGGCCGGUACUCUCUGCGAAUUCUUACCUCUAUGGGCAGCUCUUUUCGUCGGUGCUCUUCAGAAUUUUGUCGGCUAUGGUUGGGUUUGGCUUAUUAUUACCGGCAGAGCUCCUCCUUUGCCUCUCUGGGCUAUGUGCAUUCUCAUAUUUGUGGGAACAAACGGGGAAACAUACUUCAACACAGCAGCUCUAGUCUCAUGUGUACAAAAUUUCCCCAAAAGCAGAGGCCCUGUAGUCGGUAUUCUGAAAGGAUUUGCCGGUUUGGGUGGAGCAAUCCUAACUCAGAUAUACGCAGUCAUCCACAGCCCCGAUCACGCCUCACUUAUAUUCAUGGUCGCGGUCGGACCAGCCAUGGUCGUUAUCGCCCUCAUGUUCAUCAUCAGACCUGUCGCCGGUCACAGACAAGUCAGAGCAUCCGACGGAUUAUGUUUCUCCUUUAUCUAUAGCGUUUGUCUUAUAUUAGCAGCUUACUUGAUGGGAGUCAUGCUCGUUGAAGACCUCAUCGAUCUUAACCACUCGAUCGUUGUGAUCUUCACCUUAGGUUUGUUCGUACUACUCGUGAUCCCCGUCGUUAUUCCUAUCGUUUUGAGCAUUUUCAUGCCAAAGGACUCUUCAGAAGCGGUUCCUUUAUUGCCCGAGAGGCAUAAAGCGGAGACGAGUUAUUCUGUUCAUGACGAGGUUAUAUUCAGCGAGAUGGAAGACGAGAAAUCGAGUGAUGUAGACUUGCUGCCUUCGUCGGAGAGGCAGAAGAGGAUAGCUCAGCUCCAGGUGAAACUGGCGCAGGCGGCUGCGGAAGGAGCAGUUAGGUUGAAGAGGAGACGCGGCCCUCGACGAGGGGAGGAUUUCACUUUGACGCAGGCUUUGAUAAAGGCGGAUUUCUGGCUUAUAUUCUUCUCGCUUUUGUUAGGAUCUGGUUCUGGUUUAACCGUGAUCGAUAAUUUGGGUCAGAUGAGUCAGUCUCUGGGCUAUGAUAAUACACAUAUAUUCGUGUCUUUGAUUAGCAUUUGGAAUUUUUUGGGUCGGGUUGGCGGCGGUUAUUUCUCGGAAAUGGUUGUUAGGGACUACGCUUAUCCGAGGCCUGUGGCGAUGGCGGUUGCUCAGGUUAUAAUGGCAGUUGGGCAUGUCUUUUUCGCGUUUGGUUGGCCAGGGGAUAUGUAUAUUGGAACGUUGCUCAUUGGACUCGGGUAUGGUGCUCAUUGGGCGAUUGUGCCCGCGACUGCUUCCGAGUUGUUUGGUUUGAAGAAGUUUGGGGCUUUGUAUAAUUUUCUAACGUUGGCGAAUCCGGCUGGUUCUUUGGUUUUUUCGGGGAUUAUUGCGAGUGGUAUAUACGAUAGGGAAGCAGAGAGACAACGACAUGUGAAUACUGGUUCACAUGGGUUUGGAUUGUUGACACUUAAUGGUGGGGAAGAGCCACUUAAAUGUGAGGGUACUAUAUGUUUCUUCCUUACUUCGAUGAUAAUGUCGGGUUUCUGCGUAAUUGCGGUUGUUUUGAGCAUGAUUCUUGUACGCCGGACUAAGGUUGUUUAUGCCAAUUUAUAUGGGAGGACUAGGACUUGAUGUGAUGAGGUGAUGAACUGGAAAGGGACAUUCUUCUUGGCUAUUGAAUUUUCAUUCUAUGAAGUGUGUUUUGUGUGCUUCAAUUGUUGUUAAGUGAUGUAUGUAAUGUGUUUUUUCUCAUGUGAUUGUCCAUAAUUUUUUUAUGUCUCAAUAACACAUGCAAUUGUUGGUUACAAUUGUUAGUGGAUCAUUUAAUGAUUGAUCAAUCCCUCCAAUUAUGUUUGAUGCA